AUGUCUCUGACGACCAAGCUUGCGGGCCUCAAUGCGCAAGUCCGGAGCCACCCCGGACUUACAACCGCCGCUCUCGCCGCAGCUAUCGGCCUCGUGCCCGCGGUGUCCUAUGCAGCGCAGUCUUAUCGCGGAUGGCUGGCGCUGGGGCGCGGCGGUGUGCCUUACAACAUCUUCGGCUGGGCGGCACAAGGACUGCUGCAACUAAUCGCCCGUCAUGAUGUUCGCGACCCAGCCCCGUUCACUCGGGCAGAUCUUCAGCCCAAGUACGGACCUCAAGGAAACGUUGGCUUCUUAGAUGCUUCGGCUUCAUCUUCACCACUGGCACAGCGAAAUGGCAACCGUCCAGAUGUUCCCAGCUACGUGGCCCCACAGCGGCAGAUGAAUGAGCAAGGUUCAGCAGAGAUGCAAGGAAAGAUGCGAGUCUUCCUGGAGGAAGUGGUUUCAGCGAACUCAGAUACGGUGGUGCUCAAGUCAUCGGGACUGGAGGGCAAAGGAACUCCGGCAAUCUUCCUGGCAGAGAGUGUCACGUUGCCCCCGUUGCUGAAGCGGACCAAGGGCGAGGUCGUGCACAUUCAUCCCGAGAGCAGCUCGCAUGUCGUGCUCAGCCUGGCGGAUGCAGAAGACGCGGUGCGGAAAGGGUGGGCAGAGCGACAUCCGCUGAGCGGCGUCGUCUUUCCAUGGACCUAUGUCAUGGUUUAUGCACCUAGAGACGAGGAGGAGUUUGCCGUGUGGAAACGGUUCAUCAAGGCGUCACUAGGGUUCAUCGCUGCGACCAGUAGCGCAGUGAUCAAGGUGGCAGAUGAGUAA